ACUUGGUCAUGGGCGGCAGUCACAAGAAUGUUGGCAAAUGCAUGGGAUUUCAACAUCUGGCGAGGAGUAGGCAGAGGACUAGCACUGGUGGCAGCUCCUCUGUGCCGGGCACUUCAUGUGCAGGCCACAUGCUUAUCCCAGCAGGACAGCCGUUGCCCAAGCCAUGUUUGUCACUUGGUGUGUGGCCUUGGGCAAGUUACUUAAUGUUUCUGAGCCUUGAUUUCCUCAUCAUUGAAAUGUCAGUGAGAAUGCAAAGGGCCUGGUGUGUGGGGCUGAAGCUUGGGGCUUCUUGGGCCACAAUGGGCACAAAGCCAGGUGUGGGAGACCUUUGGAAAAGAUUUCCUGCCCAAGAAGAUACACACCCUAUAUGUAUGUGACCCCCAAACUAUAUUUCUCAGCCUGUUUACACAUUCCUUCCCAUAGGUGGCAUUGAAUGAGUGACAUGAGGCUGUCCCCAGAAUCAGAUUCACACACAGCCCUGAUACUGGCCUCCGGUAAGGCACAAAAAUAGGCCACCAGGAAGAAGCAAAGCUUAAAAAGCAUGUGAGCUCUCCAGGGGCCCACUGGGGCAUGCCAUCUGCACUCAGAUGGGCAGGACCAUGCCAUGAGGACUGGGGCGCGCUGCUGGGGCCUUUAUGCUCUCAGCAUGGGGUGGUCAGAGGAGGCCUCCCAGAGGAAGAGGCAGCCAGCGCCCAGAGAGCACUGUGAUGAGGGGGCCUCUUUGGACGGGGGAGAGGCCCUCGGAGUGGUGGACCCGCAGCCUUGCCCCGGCCAUGGAGCCUCUGGAGACCCCUAUCAAGGACGGCAUCCUCUACCAGCAGCACGUCAAGUUCGGCAAGAAGUCCUGGCGGAAGGUGUGGGGUCUGCUGUAUGCAGGAGGCCCAUCAGGCGUGGCACGGCUGGAGAGCUGGGAGUUCCGGGAUGGUGGCCUUGGGCCAGCAGGUGACAGGUCUGCAGGUCCCGGCCGGCGUGGGGAGCGGAGGGUCAUUCGCCUAGCUGACUGUGUGUCUGUGCUGCCGGCUGACGGUGAGAGCUGCCCCCGGGACACCAGUGCCUUCCUGCUCACCACCACCGAGCGAAGCCACCUGCUGGCUGCACAGCACCGCCAGGAAUGGAUGGGCCCCAUCUGCCAACUGGCCUUUCCGGGCACAGGGGAAUCUUCCUCUGGACCAGGGGAGGCGGAGGCUCCCAAGCGGGAUCUGGUUCCCAUGGAGGAGAACGCUAUCUACUCCUCCUGGCAGGAAGUGGGCAAGUUUCCAGUGGUGGUGCAGAGGACCGAGGCGGCUGCCCGCUGCCAGCUGAAGGGGCCCUAUAUCCUGCUGCUGGGCCAGGACGCCAUCCAGCUGAGUGAGCCGGCCAGCCCGCAGGCCCUCUACUCCUGGCCCUACCGCUUCCUCCGCAAGUUUGGCUCUGACAAGGGCGUGUUCUCCUUCGAAGCUGGCCGCCGCUGUGACUCGGGCGAAGGCCUCUUCGCCUUCAGCAGCCCCAGAGCCCGAGACCUGUGCGGGGUCGUGGCCGCUGCCAUUGCUCGCCAGCGGGAGCUGCUGCCUGAACUGGCAGCGCCACGGCCCUGCCCCCUGCCACGGGCCACCUCCCUACCCUCGCUGGACCCCCCUGGGGAGUUGCGGGAGGUGCCCCCCGGGCCCGACCUGCCUGGUUCCCAGAGGGUGCGGCUGGCCGAGCCUGGACCACAGAGCCUGCCCCCGCUGCCCACUGAGCCCGGGCUGUAUGCGUCCGUGUGCAAGCGGGCCAGCGGGCCUCCGCGUGCCGCCGAGCACCUCUAUGAGAACCUGUGUGCGCUGGAGGCCGGCCCCACACCGCCCAACCUGGGGGACCCAGUGCAGGAAGGACCCGGCGGCCGCAGCCCCCCAGACAGCCCCAUCUACCACAACAGCGAGGACCUGGGCUGGCCCAGCCCGGCCCACGACAGCAGCCUGGAGGCCCAGUACCGGCGGCUGCUGGAGCUGGAGCUGGGCAGCAAUGGUGACGAAGCCGAGGGCUCCUGCCGCCCCAUUGCUCACUCGGGCUUCAAGGCCAAGCUGGUGACGCUGCUGAGCCGGGAGCGGAAGAAGGGCCCCGCCCCCUGUGACCGGCCCUGAAUACCUGGAGAAGCCUGGCUGGGACAGGAGGGCAGGCAAACAAUGGACAUCUGGGGACACAUCCCUGCAUCCACUCUGGCCUUUGGGGACACUGCAGGUGGCCUGGGGAGGCCCCUCAGGAGCCCUGCCCGCCCUUGAGUGUGUAGUGUACAGGUCUGUUGAGAAUAAAGCCUUCAGCUCCCCA